AUGGAAAGCGAAAAUCUGUCGACGUCAGCGACCUAUGCUGUAUCGCGCUCGCGGGGCAAGCAGCCGGGCGAGUCGCUUUACAGUGCUGCUCUUAGGGAAAGGAGAAAAGCCAGAGGGCAGGCGAAGUCCUCUGAUGAAUCUGAGUCUGAAGACGAGGUCGAGCCAGGCGCGGUAAUAUUGCACAAGCUCUUCAAUCGCAGGGUUGUCCUACAGCCUGAUAAUACUGUCAUCAAGUCUGGGAGGCGAAUAGCUGUCGGAGAAGCGGAGGCGCUCAAGGUCGCCAGUCGGGCUGGGAUACCAGCCCCUUCCGUGCACGAUGUGCAUACAGCCUCGAACGGUGAGAGCCGCAUACGCAUGGACUACAUCGAGGGCCAAUCCCUUGAUAAGCUGUGGCCCGACAUGUGCGCCGCGCAGAGAAAGGACCUUGCUCGCCAGCUUCGAGAAAUCGUGGAAAAGAUGAGAUCCGUGGUUCCUCCGCCCCACCUCAUCGGUGCUUGUGACGGCACGGAAAUACGCGACACGAGGCUGUACUUCACGUACCAUUCUGCGCCGUGUCGCGAUGAAGGAGGAUUCAACGAGUUUCUGCUGUCGUCCCUUCACAAGCAAAUACCGCCACUUGUGCGGGAGGCGUUUUCGAGCCGACUUGGAACGAAUCAUCGCAUCGUCCUCUCCCACUGCGAUCUCACGCCAAGGAACAUUCUGGUUCAAGACGGAAGGAUCACCGGUCUUGUGGACUGGGAGGACAGCGGAUGGUAUCCCGAAUAUUGGGAGUACGUCAAGUUUUUCCACCGCACCGCGGACAAGGACUGGAAGCAGUAUGCGCAAGACAUUUUCCCGCAGCUGUAUCACGAUGAACUGGUUGAUUACAUUGCUAUUACCAAGUGGCAGGAUUCGUAG